CAAACAUCAAUCCAACCACACUCUACCGCUCAGAGAUGCCCACACGCAGUUCUCAUGCCUCGCUCACAUCUCACUCACUCGCUCACCGCCGUAACCUAACCUCUGUACCCAUAAAGAAAUCACAACAGUCAUAGCCAAGCUCUGACAACCAUAACUUUCAUGGAAGAAUCCAGCUGCACCACCAACAAAGGAUCACCACUUUUUUAUCUAGCUCCAGACCAACUCUUCUCAAUCUUGCUCAGACUUCCCGUAGAUUCGAUCCUCUCUUUUGCCACGACCUGCAAGAGGUUCAGGUCACUCACAAAUUCUGAUUUUUUAUGGGAGUCUUUAUGCAAAAGAAACUGGGGGGAGAGUUAUGUUAAUGCCGUCAAGGCUUCAAGCCCAUGUCAGAAUAUUCCUUGGAUGAGGUUUUUCAAGCGGGUAUAUCAACUUGAAUGUGUUUCUUGCCAUAAACUGUCUGACGCAGAUGUUGAUUUGGCCAUUCCUAACCCAAGAGCUUCUCACUCUCUCAACUUUGUGUCUAAUUGUUUGGUCUUGUUUGGCGGUGGCUGUGAGGGAGGACGUCAUCUUGAUGAUACAUGGGUUGCAUACAUUGGUAAUGAUUUUCGAAAGAUGUUGAAUUGGCAAAAGGUUAAUUCAGGCAUUCCUAGUGGGAGAUUUGGGCAUUCAUGUGUUGUGAGUGGUGAUUAUCUUGUUCUUUUUGGAGGAAUAAACGACCGUGGUUACCGUCACAAUGAUACAUGGGUGGGGCAGGUUGCAUAUCAUGAGAACCAUGGUAUCACCAUGUCAUGGAGUUUGCUUGAUGUGGGAUCUAUUGCACCACCACCACGUGGGGCCCAUGCUGCAUGUUGUAUUGAUAAUAGGAAGAUGGUUGUUCAUGGAGGGAUUGGGUUCAAUGGCCUCAGAUUGGGUGAUAUGUGGGUUUUAGAACUAUCUGAAAAUUAUCUUGUUGGGUCAUGGCAGGAGGUAAUGACUCUUCCAUCACCUCCUGCUCGUUCAGGACACACAUUGACUUACACAGGGAGGAAUCAGAUUGUUCUCUUUGGUGGGAGAGGAGUGGGAUAUGAAGUACUCAGUGAUCUCUGGUUCUUGGAUGUGUCUGAAGGUUCAUUCAAAUGGGUUCGAAUACCCUACGAAUUACAGAAUGUUCCUGAUGGAAUUACCCUCCCUCGAGUUGGUCAUUCUGCUACGCUUGUGUUAGGAGGUUGGGUACUAAUUCACGGAGGAGAAGAUUCAUCAAGACACCGGAAAAAUGACUUCUGGGCCCUGAACACUAAGGCAAUGCCAUCCACUAGCUUGGAGCAAGCUCUGUUGAACUUUCCGGGGUUGUUUCUGAAUGUUUGGAAAAGGGUGGACACAGUGGAUUAUCAACCCAACAGCAGGUCAUUUCAUCGAGUCUGUGCAGAUUAUUCAGGGGGUUACUUGUAUGUGUUUGGUGGUAUGGUGGAUGGUUUACUUGAGUCUGCUGAAUCGGCUGGUUUGAGAUUCAACGGGGAGCUGCUUCUUGUGGAGCUUCUGCCUUCGCUGUAAAACGAAAUUUACAGAGCUAACGCAAAAAUAUCUGUUGCUCUCUAUGGCCUGUUUUUCUUAUGUCUUGUACACAGUAGUUCCCUCAGGUAUCUUUUUAGCUGCUCUGUGUAUAUCUUUCUUUCUUGAAUUAGCUUCAUGAGAAUAAAUGUCAUCUUGUGCUA